AUGGUGAAGCUCUUCUGCGCGAUCGUUGGUGCGGCGGGCAGUGCGUUUCCUGUGGACAUUGACGCGGGUCAGUCGGUGGGAGACCUAAAGAAGGCGAUCAAGGCGGAGAAGACGAACAAGUUGAAGGACAUCGAUGCAGGUGACCUGCAGCUCUUCCUGGCGAAGACGGCGGACGGCGCGUGGUUCUCAUCGAAGGACCCUGAUGUGAUUUCUAUGCGAAGUGGAGGCAUUCCUGAACAAGUGAAGACACUGCUGAACGUGGAAAUGGACCCAGCAGAUGAGAUUGGCGACGUGUUUGAAGGUGCUCCAACGAAGAAGACGAUUCACGUGCUGGUGGUUGCAGAUCGGGAGUGCCUUGAAGUCCAGGACGCUGAAAUUGCACCGCACCCGAGUCGCAAGAGACGAUGGGACAAGUUGAACGAGGUUCUUGAUAAGAACAAGAAAGCGAAGAAGGCUGCCGGCUCCACGGGUUUCUCGUACGUGUCGUUCCCGGAGAUUGACAGCAUCAUUGCAGAUCGGGAGUGCCUUGAAGUCCAGGACGCUGAAAUUGCACCGCACCCGAGUCGUAAGAGACGAUGGGACAAGUUGAACGAGGUUCUUGAUAAGAACAAGAAAGCGAAGAAGGCUGCCGGCUCCACGGGUUUCUCGUACGUGUCGUUCCCGGAGAUUGACAGCAUCAUGCCAGCGACCAAGUAUCGACCAUCGUCAAAGCCUAUCCCUGACGAAAAGCUUGAUGCGCUGCAUAGAUACUUUCCUAUCUUGAUCAAGGCUUUUGGAGAUAUCAUUACUGGAAAGCGACUGCACUUCAUCGUGCCCGUGCUUGCAAGUGUCUGUGCGCUGUUCGAUGGAGGCGUCCAAAUCCUGGCCGAAGAAACCGUGAUUGGGAAACGUGUUCACGGAGACGGAGCCUUUGAGUUCGUGCUUAAGCGCGGCGAGAAACGAGUUUGCAUUGUGGAAGCGAAACGUGACGAUUUCCAGCAGGGUCUUGCUCAAGCUUACGUGGGAAGUGAAGCACUUGCGGAUGUAGAAGGACUGCCGAAAGUGUACAGCAUUGUCACGAACUUCUUGGAAUGGGUCUUCUCGAGAAGUCUGGAUGAAAAAAUUGAGCGUGCGACACCCGUGAUGAUGGUGAUGGAGAAUGACGUUCCUGCACCUGAAUCAGUGAAGCAGAUUGCGGGCAUGAUUUACUCCAUCCUGUCGGAAGACAACUAG